AUGUCAAAAGUGAGUAAUAACCCGGAUAAAAUAGCUCAAGCACUAAGGCUUACGACUCAUAAUAAAAGGCCAACCACAGCAAAUUCUUCAUCCACAGAAAAAAAAUUAGGAAGUCACUCAUCUCACCAAAAUUUACCUCAAGUAAAAAUGUUUAGAACAACUGGAUUUGAAACUCAGAAUUUAGAUAAAACUCAAAAGCCUAUAUGAAUUGAAAAGCCCGAGUCAGUUAAAUCUAGGAAAGAUAUAAACGCAUUCCAAAUUGAGAGCUCUAAGAAAAAUCCAAAUAUUGUAAAUUAUAAUACAAGAAACUCGAAGCCUCCAUCUCCAGCUCCAGAAAUUUCAAAAAAACUAAGAGAAAAUCGUUCGAAAACUACAGGAACUGUGCAUGCAGCAAUUAAUAAGCCUGAUAAUAUGCCUAAAAAAAGAUUUACAAUGGGAAAUUUUGAAUCUUAUAAACCGAUGAUGCCAAGAAGUGAAGCAACAACGCCUUCCUAUCUUACUCUGAAUCUUUUGCAAGCUCAUCAUGGAGAAGCAGAACAUGACCAGGAUUUACACAAUUUGCAAAAUUGAGGAAUGCUUGAAGUAGAGUCUCCGAAGCCAAUUAAUAUAAAUCCUAUAACGAGGGGAAGCAUAAGAGUUAGAGGGUCCCGUCGAAAAGUCGGCAGCCUUGCAAGAGAAAAAAACUUCUCAACUCCAAGUUUAGCCAUGAGUGAAACCCAAAAACCUCUUCCAGGCACUAUUGUUAGAAAUACAUGAUUUAGUUCAAAAAAUACAACAGAUAGAGAUAAGCAAAUUCCUGGAAAAGCGUCAUCAGAAUUCGACAAAGAUGAAAUAAUUAAAACCCUACAGAAUAAAAUAAAAGAAUUACAAAACAAUGAAAAAGCUCCUGAAAAGUUUGCAUUUAAAACAGUAGAAAAAGUAAAAAAUAUACCACAAUCUGAAGACAUUAGCAGCUCAUCCUCAAAUGAAAUUGUUAAUAUCACUAAUACAAGGUCUGAACAAAAAAUAUUUGAAGAACACAAAGAUAAAUAUGAAAUUAAUCCUGAUAACACAACAGGAAUAGACAAUAUUAGCAAAAUUUGCCGUCAGCCUACAACAUCAGAUAAAAAAGAAGAAUCAAAGACUUUAAUUGAACUUCGCUCACAAAUGAUCACAAAUGAGUCACUUAAAGAAAGUUAUGAAACCAAAGUUGUCGUAUACUUUUAUGACAAUUUUACUAAAACUUCAUAUAAGGGUAUUUUUAACCCUAAUGAAGUUUGCGAUAAUUUAAAUUUGUGGGAAUUUGCAGAAAUAACUGACUUACUCCCCUUUGAGCGGACAAAAAAAAUUAUGUGCUAAGAUAGGGUUAAUCCUAAAUUUUUUAUCUUCCGAAUUUAAAAAAAUCCUAAUUUGCAAAAAUUGGAAAGCGAAAACUAAUUUAAUUUGUUAAAUAUAUAUUUUAAAAUGCAAGCUGUUUAAAAUUCAACAGAAUUAGCUAGAGAACUAUUAUAAUAAUUAUCACUUAUAUAUUAAAAUAUUUUUCAUAAAAUAAUUUAUAUUAAAAAAUAAUUUUUAUUUGGGUUUUUAACCAAAAAUUUGAAAUUAUUCCAAUUGUUUUUUUUUCUCUUAUGAAGGGUGAGAGUUAGGAAGAGAAUUUGUUAAAUAUGUAGAGGUUAAUGGGAAGCUAUGCGAAUUAACACCAAUAUAUGAUUUCGAACUAGAAAAUGAAUACUUUGUGGAGAUUAAUGAGUUAAAUGAUAUGAAUGAUUUCAUUUUCAUCUCAGCUGAUAAUAAAAAUGACACUAGCUGUGCUUGUUUACUUAUUUCCAAGAAAAGUCUUGUUGAAAUAAUGAACAUUAAUUUAAAUCAGCUUUACAAAAAUCUCAAAGAUGUCAGUAAUUUUUUGAGUAUAAAUUCUAAUAAAAUUUAUAGCUUUUUGCCUUGAGUGGUGUGGUAUGGGCGCCACUUCGGCAAGCUCCUUCUUCCAGUUGGCCGAGCCAACUCAGGUUGGUUCGGCCAACUGGAGAAUUGACAAGUGAGGCCUUUUGGGGAGACUUGUCAAUUCUAGUUGGCCGAACCAGCCUGAGUUGGCUUGGCCAACUGGAAGAAGGAGCUUACCGAAGUGGCGCCCGUACCGCGCCACUCAAGGCAAAAAAGCAUAUUUAGGAAGCGCUACAGAGACUAGAAAAAAAAUUGAAAGCAAUAAGCUUGAUAGAAAUGUAAAAAUAAUCCAAAGCUGAUUGAGAAUGUAUAUAUCCAAAAGCUUUGUGAAGUCAAAGCUACAAAAGGAGCAUAAGAAGAAUAUAGAAUUAAUAUUUGAAAAAGAAAAAAUGAUUAAUGGGAAAUUUUAUCAAAUUUAUAUAUGAAAAACAUUAAAUGGAGUUAAAAUAGAGAUAAAAGAGCCUGGAAAUAAGAAAUCUAUUAUAAGAUAUUUUAAAGAAAGAGACUUAUUAGAAAUUUAUGGUAAAUUUACUCCAAGAAUGCUAUAUGAAGAAAUUGAUGUCCUCAACAGCGAGAUUGUCCUAAAUAAAAAUAGCUCUCUUUCUCAAUCCUCGAGCCUCCUAACCAGCCGAUCUCAUUCUCUGGGAAGGCACGAAGAAGAAAAAACUAAGAAGCUGCAACAAGACUCAUUUAAAUCUCAACCAAAGCAAUCUUCUAUAAAUUCAUCAAAGAAAUCUCUCCUGGAUUUGGCCAAAAAACCUCCAUCUAAUAUUUCUUCAGAAAAAGCUUCAAGAGGCAACAGUGUUGAUAGUUCUAUUAAUCCUGAAUCUCAUAUUUUGCUUGCUAAAACUGAAGCAGUUAUUAGUUCUUUCAACAUGAUUGUGUUCUUCUAUAAAAAUUCUGAGGGAAUUUUAAUUGUAGCUAAAGACUACAGCAAUAAAACUAAACUUCCUUUGCAGCUUGAAGUAGAUUUGCCUUUAAAUAUCCCAAAAAAGUAUAUGGAAAAAAUAAUUGAAGAUGUGCUAUCAAGGAUUUCAAUUGAAAAGUCUGAUGGGAUGUUCACACUAAAAUUAAAUGACAAAUAA